CAGACAGAAUGGCUCCAGUGAACCAGCCAAAGGGCAAGAAGCAUGAGAGGGCACAUGAGCAUUGGCCGGAAGAGGCAAAAUCAGCUGGGAAGAGGAGACCGGACUACAAGGAACUAGGGAAUGAGCCACAAGCAAAGAGGUUGUUUGUGAGAAAAACGUCCAAACCCCCAGAGAAAAUCGGUUGGAGUGGAGGUGGGUCCGUGGUAAGAAACAACAGAGUCCUUUUCCAUCAGCUGGAGCGGCAGCGCAGCAUUGUUCAUUAUGUCUACCAGAACAUGCUGGGAGGCUCCAUUCGGGCACAGCUCAGGCAGUGUCUGCAGCUGCCCUUUCUGCGUUCUCUUGCCUCAUACCGCCUCUUUCGAACAGCAAGUCCCUUUGACAGGAGAGUGACAUGCCUGGAAUGGCAUCCAACACACCCCAGUACUGUAGCUGUUGGUUCCAAAGGUGGAGACAUCAUCCUUUGGGACUAUGAAGUACUUACUAAAACCUGCUUCAUAAAAGGGAAAGGGCCAGGAGAUUCUCUCGGAGACAUCAAGUUCAGUCCUUAUGAGGCAGUGAAGCUUUAUGUGGCAUCAGGGGAUGGCACCCUAAGUCUGCAGGACCUUGAGGGCAGAGCGGUGCAGGUGAUUUCCCGUUCCCCGGACUGUGGCCAUGAGCACCAUAAUGUUUGUUGCUGGUACUGCAGUGUUGAUGUUUCUGCAAGCUGCCGUGCAGUGGUGACAGGUGAUAACGUGGGCAACGUGGUCCUGCUCAGCACUUCUGGUGAAGAGAUUUGGAAGCUGAAAUUGCACAGGAAGAAAGUGACUCAUGUGGAGUUUAACUCCCGAUGUGAGUGGUUGUUGGCCACAGCGUCUGUGGAUCAGACAGUCAAAAUCUGGGACCUCAGAAACAUCAAAAACAAAAUGAAUUUUCUUCAUCUGCUUCCUCAUGACAAACCUGUCAAUGCGGCUUACUUCAGCCCAACAGAUGGUGCCAAGCUCCUGAGCACAGACCAGCGCAGUGAAAUCAGGGUUUACUCAUCUUCAGACUGGACCAAGCCACAGCAUCUGAUCCCACAUCCACAUCGGCAGUUUCAGCACCUCACACCCAUUAAGGCAACAUGGCAUCCUCGCUACGACCUCAUUGUAGCAGGUCGCUACCCAGACCCUAAGUUCCCAGGGUACACGGUGAAUGAGCUACGAACUGUUGACGUAUUCGAUGGAAAUACCGGGGAGAUGGUUUGUCAACUCCAUGAUCCAAAUGCUUCUGGUAUCAUCUCGCUCAAUAAAUUUAACCCUAUGGGAGACACGCUGGCUUCUGGCAUGGGCUUUAAUAUUCUGAUCUGGAGCCGGGAGGAGAUGGUGGCCAAGAAGCAAGAACAUCUUUUGAAAGCCAUGACAGAACAGGGGAUUGGAAGCUGGAGUUUGUCCAGACGUGGAGGGCAGAGGCAGGCGAACCCUGGGACAAGCAAGCUCAAAGCUAACUUACUGUCUUGGGAACUGGAGGAGAUGAGAACAAAAAACGAUUCUAAAUCACAGGGAAGGAAGCGAAAAGGGAAGGAUCUAGAUAACUGAUUUAGUAUUUUGAUCCUUUCUGGAUCACAGGGUACAAAUUCAGUGUUGGCAAUGGGCAGUAUAAGCCGUGCAGGGCAUUAGACUCCUAUUUUGUCCUUCCUCCCUGGAUCUGAUCUUGCUUCCCUGAUUGCCUUUGCUUC